AUGGCCGCGACCUUGGAUGAAGCUAGGGAUAUCCACGAAAAAGCGCAGGCCGUUCAGAAGGAGGCUGCUGACCAGAGACGGCGAUCGCCGCCAGAGUAUAAGCUAAUUGAAAAUGGUGAUGUCAAUGCUAAUAUUGUGAUGUCAUCUGUCCACUGUGUGGUGGUGUGGGAGUGGCAGCAUGAGGGCCAAUGGCUGCCUCAUUCCCCUGGUGUUGCAAGGACUCUUGAAAGAGCAUAUGCCAAAAAACUAACAAGAGUAGUACUAUCUGAUGCUGAACCUGAGUUAAAGGGACACUAUGUCAAUCUACGCACACUUACACAAUCUUCUGAUACUCCAGGAGUGAGUGAGUGUGCAGUGCGGCGCUCUUGCUACAGUGUGCAGUCGCCGGGCGGGCGCGGCGCCAGCUGGGAGUGGGCGCGCCUGGCUGACCCGCCGCGAGCCGUGGAGCUCAGAUAUGAUCCUUUGCCCAUGGAGGUGCAAUGCCGGCUAGAGGAGGCGUGGUCGCUGGGGCUGGACGCGGUGCAGUGGGAGGGCUGGGUGCUGUGCCUGGCCAGCAUGACGGCGCGCGGCGGCGGCACGGCGCCCUUGCGCCUGCUGCGCCGCGCCGCGCACCCGCCCUACCCGCUCACGCGCUCCGCCCCCGCGCAGCCGCCGCCCGCCCAGCCCGCACCGCCCGCCCUGCCCGCGCCGCCCGCGCCGCCCGAGCGACCUGGACUAGAUGGUCGUCGACCGCGUAUCCCUCAACAGCACACAGGCUCCAGUGUUCACUCAGUGCAAUCGAUCCAGUCGAUGCAAUCCAUUCAGUCGGUGCAAUCCAUACAUUCAAUGAAGUCGGUCCAGUCGGUGAAGUCGGCGCCGGCGCCAGGCGCGCGCGAGGCGCGGGAGCACGGCGCCCGCAGCGCCCGCAGCGCCUCGCCCAAGGACAGGAAGCCCGGCUUGGCGAGGCAGAUAUUACAUAAUCUGAAUAUAUUCAGUAACAACAGCAAGUCAGCAGCCGCAGCAGCGGCGGUGGCGGCGGCGGCGGCGGCGGAGGAGCGGCAGGAGGAGCAGCGGCACACGGACACGGAGUGCGGCAGCACGCGGUCGACUCGCCGCCACAGCGUCGACACCGUCUCCACCUACCUCAGCCACGAGAGCAAGGAGAGCUUGCAGCAAGCGUCUGUAGGUGAGCUGCUGAACUGCAGCACCGGCAGCGACGACGUGUUCGAGCCGGCGCGCAGACUUGACGAUGCCGAGUGCAAGCUGAGCCAGGAGCUGCAGCAGUUGUCGCUGCGUGGCGGGGAGGGCGGCGAGGAGGAGGAGGUGUGGCGCUGGGUGGCGGCGGUGGCGCGGCCGCAGUGGGGCGCGCUGUGCUGGGCGUGCGCGCGGCCGCUGGAGGCGGGCGGCGCCGCCGUGGCGCUGGCGCUGUGCCACCAUGCGCUGCACCUGCGCUGCCUCGUCGACCACCUCGACGGCCUGCGCGACAGCGGCGAAAGUCCGUACAUCGAGUGCCUGGUGUGCGGCGAGGAGUACGGCGUGCGGCGGCGGGCGGGCGCGGGCGCGGGCGGAGAGCAGCCGCCCGGCUCCAUGGCGUGGCGGCGCCAGCCCGUGGCGCUGCCGGGGCACGACCACGCCGGCAGUAUACUCGUCACGUACAACUUCCAGUCGGGGCGGCAGGGCGCGGCGCACCCCGCGCCCGGCGCGCCCUACUACGCCGUGGGCUUCCCGCGGCACUCGCUGCUGCCCGACACGCCCAUGGGCCGGCAGGUGCUGUCGGCGCUGCGGCUGGCGUGGGAGCGGCGCGCGCUGUUCACGCUGGCGCGCUCGCGCACCACCGGGCGCGAGCACGUGGUGGCGUGGCGCGCGCGCCCGCCGCCCGCCGCGCCGCACCACUACCUGCGCGCCGACCCGCUGCCCGCCGCGCUCGCUGCGCUCGCGCGCCUGCUGCGCGCCGACACGUCACAUGAAGAUCACAGAGGUCAACCGGGCGCGGACUUUGGACUCGUCGAAGGUUCGAGUCAUCGUCAACAUUACGGAGUUAUUGGAUCAUCGAGGAUUCCCUUGUGGUUUGGAGAUUUCAACGAUAUUGAGAUGCUUUCGAAGGAUUGCAACGACGAGACCAAGGAACGCGAAACUUUUGAAAAUCACUAUGACAUGUUGCUAGCAGCAGCCCGAACUCUCCUAGGCGCCCAGCCCAGACAGCAACGGGAUCGAGAUGUUUCCGUAUCGAGCUUCGAGGAUGCUCACACAGGUCGUAUUGAAAAGGCUAAAGAGCUCAAAGUAUGUCUAAAUUGUUUACGGCCAGGUCACUCAGAAAGUCAUUGUAAUCUCGUAUCUUGUAAAUAUUGCAAGAAAAGGCAUGAUACGCUUCUUCACUUACAAGAAACGCAUACAAAUAUUCAACCUGCUAUUCCAGGUCCUGCACGUGGCGCCGCCGCGAAAGCCAACAAAGGGGGGGGGGGGGACAGCACCGAAAUAGGCAUCCCUUUAGCAGGGUGUUGCAAGUAUCUCAAUGGUGUUGUCUGGUUUUCAUUUUGGGACCGUGCACAUUUCCACUGUUAUCUCCAUGAUUAUCGGCGCUCACCGGUGGCGGUGGAGAGAACAGUCAGGCUUGUCCCUGGGUCCUCUUCGGAGUGUGCAGCGCCUUUCCAUCCGAUGCGUGAUCCAGGUGGUGGUUGUGAGGUGAGAUUCUCUGCAACAGUCCCGUCGGAUGACGAGCCACAUCACUUCGUGGACGCCGGACCGAGUCUAAGGGGUCAUGUGGACUGGGUCCCUGCAAAACCCAGUGAUCCCGGACCCCACGCGGUAGCUUCAAUCGUGGUGCCUCUGUUGCAAAAUCUCGCGGAUUACAGCCCAACAAUUUGCAAAAUGCCGUACCCAAACGCUGUGGGAGUUAGUGGGCAUAGGUCACUCCUGAGUAUGCCCGUUAAGGGGCGU